AUGGAUAACAUAACAGCCAACCAAUCACAGUGCAUCUUUGUGGACUACACAUCCAGGAGGAGGAUCUUUCUGUUUUUAUACCUGGGUAUCAUCCUCAUGGCGAUUCCUGCCAACCUCUUCUUCCUCUACGUGUCAUGGCGGCACAUCAGACAGAAGAACGAGCUCGGCGUUUAUCUCUUCAACCUGGCGCUGAGCGACUUGACCUUCACCGCCGGCCUUGCUUUGUGGCUGGACUAUCUGUGGAGUGGGGCUUGGACUCAUGGCGGCUACAUGUGCCUUGUGUCCGUCUACUCGCUCUUCACCAAUUUUUACACCAGUCAUGCCAUGCUGUGCUGCGUUGCUGUGAACCGCUACCUGGCGGUGGCGCACCCCCUGAAGUACACGUCUCUGAGGACCAUUUGGAUGGCUGCUUUGGUCAGUGUCGGCAUCUGGGGGCUGGUUCUCUGCUUCAAUGCGUCGACCAUCAGAUGGGAGGACUCGUACUUCGAGGGCAACGUUUCAAUGUGCUUCGACAACUUCAUGCCUCUCUCGGAGAGCAUGGUGCGAGCUAACGUCCUGCGCUUCACCCUCGGCUUCUUCACGCCUCUGUCGGUGGCCAUGUUCGCGACGUGGGGCACCUGCCUGGCAGUGAAGACGAACCAAACCAUCAAAGAGGAGGAGCGCAGGCGCAUCAUGAAACUGCUGGCCAUGAUCCUCGUCAGCGUGAUCAUUUGCUUCGGACCCGCCCAUGUCAUGAUGCUCCUGCGGAUGCUGGUGGAGGACUGUGAGAACGUGCAGUGGUACCUCUACUGCUACAAGAUCAGCACCAUCGUCUCCAGCCUCAACUGUUUGGCGGAUCCAUUCAUUUACUGCUUCAUCACCCCAACUGGGAAGUCGAACAUCAGCAUGCUCCUCGACUUUUUCUCCAGGCAAACAGAAGGAGAACGGUGA